ACAAACAACAAAGCUUUUGGUUUCAGAAUUCAGAUAUUCCUAGGUAACAGACUUUCUUCUUUUCUUUUUCUCAUCAACCAAACAGAAAACCCCAGAUUUUUUCCCAGGAAAGUAAAAGAAAGUAAAGAAAUGGAGAAAAAAGGAAUAAUUAUAUUCUUGGUUGUGAUCCUUUUGGGGAUAAUAUCAGCCAUUACUGGCUUUGCAGCUGAAUCUACAAAGGUUAAGACUUCGCAAGUAACGAUAGACGAUUCCGGUCAAUGUGUAUAUCCAAAGAACUCAGCGCAUGCACUUGGCUUAAUAUCAGCCCUCAUGCUUUUGAUCGCAAAAAUAAUAAUAAAUGUCGCCACCGGUUGUUUUUGUUGCCGGAAAACCGAUCCGUCCCGGAGCUCUAACCAGAUAAAACCUCUUGUCUUCUAUAUUGCUUUUUGGUAAAUUUCAAUUACACUACUUCUAGAUUUA